UGAAGAGAGCUAUAGCACAAUGAAAGCAGUCGUAGUCCUUCUGUUCCUGGCCCUUUUCGUGGCUAUCCACGCGGAUUAUGUCUGCAAUCCUGAUGGCGAUGGAAAGCCCGACAGCUGCUUGGGACGCACUGGACAGGUUUCCCGUGACUUCUGGGAUCCCACCCACUACUGGAUUUGCGCCGGAGCCGGAGAACCAGAGCUCGCGGCGUGCGAUGACCAAACUGGGUUCGAUCCCAAGACAGGAAAAUGCGUUCCAUGGAACCUUUGGCAGUGGUAUCCACCAUGUCCCACCGAUUCCACUGACUAAUAAAAUUUGAUGUUUGAUAACCCA